GAAGGCAAAAUUACCCCACUUACUCGGGCUCAUGUUCAUAGUCAUGGAGAAGGAGAAAAAAUGGCUCAAUACCUUUAUUCCGUCACUCAGCACGAAACCCUGAACGAUUCCGAAUGCGCUAUGCUUAUUAUCCUCGGUCUUAUGUUAAAAAGAUUUGAUAUUGCAUGGGAUUUAAUUCAGCGCCGUCCGGAGUUAGUCAUUGCUAAGGAUUUUUACGGGAGAACACCUUUAAAUGAACUAGCUGGUAUAAGUUCUGCAUUCCUAAGUGGAAGCUCGCUCAAUUUCUGGGAACAAUGGAUUUAUGACGGCAUACAAAUAAAACCAAUGCGUACCAUUGAGGAACCUAUUCCUACCACUGAUGAUGAUGUUUGUAUAGACGUUGAAAUACCGGAAGAUGGCGACCAGAGUAAUAAAAGGCAAAGGCAUCUCAUUUGCUCAGGUACAAGUUUAUUUCGUGGACUAGUUGUCAAAACCUUCGGUAAACUUUUGGGAUUCAAUCGUAUAUAUCGAAUGAAAUUGGCCCAUGUUCGGAUCCUUGAAUUUCUACCUCGUAUGUGUGAAGUGACGAAAAAUAAAGAUGUCAAAGAAUUGCAAGGCUUGAAAACAGCAAUGUUCCUAGCAAUAAAAAAAGGGCAUGUGGAGUAUAUUACUCAUUUAUGCAGAGCAAAUUAUAAACUCCUUUACAUCACCAAUGAAAAAGGCCGGAACAUCUUUCAAUAUGCAGCUGAAUGUCGUCAACAUAAAGUUUUUAGUCUAUUAUAUGGACUAGGUGAUCAACGUAACUGGGAAUGGUUCGUAAGUAGUAAAGAUGAGUCCAGCAAUAACAUGCUGCAUGUGGUAGGAACUAUUUCUUCCGCCGCACAGAUUAAUCUUAUUCGAGGUGCAGCUUUGCAAAUGCAAAGGGAACUGCAAUGGUUCAAGGAGGUGGAACGUUUUGCACUGCCUGUAGAUCAUGAAUUAAUAAAUAAAAUGGAUGAGAUGACACCACGUGAAUUGGUUACCAAGGGUCACAAGCACUUGGUGAAAGAGGGUGAAAGGGCAAUGAAAGAUACAGCAACAUCUUGCACAGUUGUAGGGGCUCUCAUCGUUACUAUCAUGUUUGCUGCAGCGUUUACGAUUCCUGGUGGAAAUAAACAAGAUACAGGUCUUCCUAUAUUCUUAAGUAAGAGGGCAUUCAUAAUUUUUAUAGUUUCAGAUGUUAUAUCGCUCUUUUCUUCCACAACUUCAGUAAUGAUAUUUUUGGGAAUUCUCACAUCGCGUUAUGCCGAACAUGAUUUCCUCAAAUCAUUGCCAACAAAAAUGAUAUUAGGCCUUAUCACCCUUUUUUUAUCUAUCGUGGCAAUGAUGACAGCUUUUUCUUCAGCCCUUUCCAUUAUGCUUCAUGGAAAAUCUUCUAUUGCUAUUCUACUUACUUUGCUUGCAAGUGUUCCAGUUGCAUCUUUCAUAUGGAUGCAAUUUCGCCUCCUUCUUGAGUUAGUCAUUUCUACUUAUGGAGCAGGCGUGUUUGACAGGAAAAUAAAAAAUUGGCCUUUUGAAGACCCUAAAUACUCGGCCUCGUGUUAAUGUUAUUAUAAAUGAUGCUUAUUAGUUUUGGAUUGCUACAAUUUUUUUUGAAGUUUGUAAUGAAAAGUUGUUUGGAUCCUGUAUAAUGAAACCAAAUCCACCCUGGUUGUAAUGAAAAGACAUUAAUGUACAUGUUUAAACAUUUA